AUGUUGAAGAUGAAACUUAGUUAUUAUGCAAUCCAACCAGACACCUAUUCAGGGUCGGACUUGAUGAUUUCUAUUGUGGAUUAUAAGCAAAAUAUAGUACUGUUAUUAGCAAGCUAUAUAGUUUCCAGAAGUCCUAUUGAGCAAGACAAGGUUAAAAAGCAGUUAAUCAAGUCAUGUAUGAAAUUUCAGUAUAUGGAAUGCCCGAAAAAGAAAAAAAACUCUGAAACUGUGGAAUUUUCUCUUUGUAAAAAAAGAACACGUCUCCAAACAGGUCUUGGUGUAAUUCCCAAUGAUACCACAGCCAAAGAGGAUGACUCAGAAGAUGAUGAGAAUUAUGGUUUGGACUACACUAAAAACAUCAAGAAAUACCGGAUAUCUAAGGUCUCUGAGUGUGCAAAGAAUCAUGGGAAAAUCAAAACCUUGACUGAGAAUCGAAAACAUAUUUAUGUUUCAGUGGAACUUCCUCAUAGACGUAAUAAAAGACCAGAAUUGUUUCGGUUCAAUGAAUAUGGGGAUCUUGUGAUUAUUGUUGAUGAUCGUAACAUGGAGCAUAUUUUUGGACCGGUCAUUAAGGAGCUAGUGGAUAGUCUUAG